AUGAUAUUUGGUCGAAGUUUCAUACUCGAAACGGAUCACAAACCGUUGUUAUCGAUUUUCGGAAGCAAAAAAGGUAUUCCUGUGUACACUGCAAACAGACUGCAGCGGUGGGCACUGACGUUACUAUUAUAUAACUUCACCAUUCAGUACGUCAGAACAGAAAGCUUUGGGUACGCAGACGUUCUUUCGCGGCUGAUCAACAAUCACAUUCGGCCUAAUGAAGAGUAUGUCAUCGCAUCGAUCGAGUUGGAAGAAUCAGUCAAGCACAGUUUUGAACAAUCUUUAGAAGUGUUACCAGUCACAUUCAAGAUGAUCCAAGAUGAAACGCAAGCAGACUCACUUCUUAAGAGAGUUAUUAGUUACGUGCAAUCCAGAUGGCCUACUAAUAGAUCCGAUCUCAGCGAUCCACAGUUGCAUCAGUUUCAACAGCGUCGAGAUAGUCUUUCAGUAUUUUCAAGCUGUUUGAUGUACGGAGAACGGAUAGUCAUCCCAACCAAAUUUAGGAAUCGAGUACUUCAUCAAUUGCAUAAAGGACAUCCAGGUGUGGAACGAAUGAGAUCGUUAGCGCGUAAUUACGUGUACUGGCCUGGUAUCGAUGAACAGAUAGCUCAGGUUGUUCGCUCCUGCAAUAAGUGUGCUGAAGCAGCGAAAACUAACAGCAAGACCAAGCUAGAAAGUUGGCCUCUUCCACAGCAACCAUGGCAGCGAGUGCAUUGCGAUUUCGCCGGACCAGUAGAUGGAAUCUACUACCUGAUUGUUGUGGACGCGUACAGCAGAUGGCCGGAAGUUAUCCCUACUAAACGAAUCACCACGGCCGCAACGUUAACCAUGUUUAGAGAAAUUUUUUCGAGGCAUGGCAUGCCGGAAACAUUAAUUACAGACAAUGGCACGCAGUUUACCAGUGAGAACUUCGAAAGCUAUUGCACCAACAACGGCAUUCUUCAUUUGAAAACACCACCGUAUCAUCCACAAUCAAAUGGACUGGCUGAACGUUUUGUGGACACAUUCAAACGGACACUCAGAAAAAUUAUGACGGGGGGAGAGAGCCUUCGGGAAGCAAUUGAUACUUUCCUUCUGUGUUAUCGCUCCACACCAUGCCGUAGUGCACCGGAAGGUAAGACACCAGCAGAAUUGUUGCUGGGCAGACGAUUGCGAACAUCCUUGGACCUGUUGAAGCCUCCUACAGCGUAUUACAAAUCAGCAGACUCCAAGCAAGAAGAACAGUUCAACCGGAAGCAUGGUACCAAAAGUCGGAAAUAUUUGAUUGGUGAAUCGGUUUGGGCCAAAGUUCAUCGCAACAAUACUUGGACUUGGGAGCCCGGACAGGUGCUAGAACGAGUUGGUCGGGUAAUCUACAACGUGUGGUUAUCAUCAGAGCAGAACCUUAUCAGGUCUCACUGCAACCAACUACGAAGGCGCUAUGGAGCUGAAACUUCAGUCAAGCAGCAGUCAACCGAUAUUCCCCUGAAUAUUCUUUUAGAUACCUGGGGACUUCGUCCAGCACCACUUGAGCAGGCGUCUCAAGAGUCUCAAGAGAUUAUUCUGGAAACUCAAACAACGGAAACAAAGAACUCAAUUCCCCAGAAUACCGAGUCUAGGGAGAUUGUUCAACGUUCUCAUACACGCACAACGAGAGCAAACAGUCAACAAGAAGCGGUAAUCUCACGCCACUCUUCGCGGACUAGAAGAGUACCCGUGAGGUAUGAUCCUUAUCAUCUCUAUUAA